GUUUUUUCACUUUUAGAUCUUUAAAAUGAUAUCUCUUGAUAAGUUUAUUGAAACUGUGGAUACUUUGGAAGAAGAUUUUAUUGAACGACUUUCAAAACUUGUAUCUAUUCCAUCAGUAAGUUGCACUGCUUCAAAUCGGCUGGAUGUCUUUAAAGUAGCGGAUCUUAUUUAUCAGGAGAUGAUAAAGCUUGGCAUUGAUACAGAGAAACGAUUUCCGGGAACUCAGGUUAUAGAUGGGGAAGAAAUUGAUCUUCCUCCUGUUCUUUUUGGGAAAUAUGGAUGUGAUAAGAAUAAAAAAACUGUUCUUCUUUAUGGGGAUGUUUUUCAUAUUUUUUUUGAUAAAUCUUAUAUAUUAGGCAUUUUGAUGUUCAGCCUGCUUCAAUUAGCGAUGGUUGGAAAACAGAUCCAUGGAAACUUGUAUAUAGUAAAGAAACUGAUUGUAUGUAUGGGAGGGGUGCUACUGAUGAUAAGGGUCCCCUUAUCGGAUGGCUUAAUGCUGUCGAAGCUUUUCAAAAAGCAGGUAUUGAAAUACCUGUAAAUCUUGUUUUUUGUUUUGAAGGAAUGGAAGAAUCUGGAUCAGUUGGUUUAUAUGAAUUAAUUCAAGAAGAAGCCGAUAAAUAUUUUGCUGAUGUAGAUUGUAUUUGCAUUAGUGAUAAUUAUUGGCUUGGGACUAAAAAACCGUGUUUAUCUUAUGGGCUUAGGGGUAUAGUAUGUUAUAUUAUAACUGUAACUGGACCACCGGCUGAUCUUCACUCUGGAAUUUUUGGUGGUAUUACUUAUGAGCCUAUGACUGAUCUUAUUUAUUUGCUAUCAUCUCUUGUAAAGUCUGAUGGAACUAUACUUAUUCCUGGAAUCAUGGAUAAAGUAAAGCCUUUAACAUCUGAAGAGGAAGCUCUUUACGAAGGCAUAUCAAUUAGCACCGAAGAUAUUGAACAUUCAUUAGGAUCUAAAACAUUGGUUUAUGACAAUAUAAAAUGUACUUUAAUGCAUAGAUGGAGAUAUCCUUCUCUUUCUAUUCAUGGAAUUGAAGGGGCGUAUUCAUCAUCCGGUAUUAAAACGGUGAUUCCUUCUAAAGUCUUAGGAAAGGUUUCUAUUCGUUUGGUUCCCGACAUGGAUUAUGAUGAAGUUUCAGUUCUUGUUAAGAAACACCUUGAGUCAGUGUUUGCAACUUUGGGGUCGAAGAAUGUGCUUACUAUUGAAUCUAAUCAUGGCGCCAAAGCAUGGUUAUCUUCUGUAAAACAUUGGAAUUAUCAAGCUGCAUCAAAAGCUGUUGAAAAAAUAUAUGGUGUAACUCCUGAUUUUACACGAGAAGGAGGUAGUAUUCCUGUUGUAUUAACAAUGGAAUCUUGUUUGAAAAAAAAUGUUCUUUUAUUGCCAAUGGGAAGAGGAGAUGAUGGCCCUCAUUCCGUAAAUGAGAAAUUGAAUAGAUCUAAUUAUAUUCAGGGUAUAAAGCUUUUUGGUACAUAUUUAUGUGAACUUGCUGUGGUUUAAGUAAGUUUCUUUUUUGAUUUUUCUA